GGAGGUUAUACGUUAUUAGCUUGUACAAGCUGUGAAAUGCAUUCAUAGUGUUUGGAUUUAGAAGAUAUUAUCUGGACACUUUAUUUUUUCUCGAGCUUUUACUGAUGGAUUUCAGGCUGAUCCUGUUUGGGCUCACAGGCGCCCUGCUCAGUGUUGCCUGUGCCCAAAGCCAUCAGUACUACUUUGUGAACACUUCGCUUACGUGGACAGACGCUCAGAGUGUCUGCAGACGGGACUACACUGAUCUGGCCACCAUUGAAAGCACAGCUGAUGUUGAUUAUUUUUUAAGCACCAGCUCCAAUAAUACAGGGAAGGCCUGGAUAGGUCUUUAUGAUGACACAAUAAACAGCUGGAAAUGGUCCCUAAAUGACAGCAGCUUCUAUGGUCCUGGAGAAUAUUCAUUUAGGAACUGGGGACCUGGCCAACCCGAUGAUUAUUAUGGACAACAGCAUUGUGUUAGAUUUUACGGUGCUAGUCUUCUCCCUGUGGGCCAAUGGGAUGAUUUUUUUUGCACGGCGACAAUGCAAUUUGUGUGCUAUAAUGGUACAGUAGGUGGAUCACCAUCCUAUGUUUUGAGUAACAUUUCACUGACCUGGACAGAAGCUCAGAAUUUCUGCCGUGCGAAUUAUGUUGACCUGGCCAGUGUACGAAAUCAGGCAGAAAAUGAAAUCAUCAAAAACCUAAUAGGUUUCAGCACUGUUUGGAUUGGACUGUAUCGGGAAAAGCUGUGGUCUGAUGGAAGCACCUCUCUGUUUCGACACUGGGCAGCCGGCGAGCCCAAUGAUGUCUCUGGUGAUCAGUGUGUUGCCGGAUCAUUUAGUGACUCUGGAAGAUGGUCGGAUGAAAGUUGUAGCCUGAGUUUGCCAUUCGUCUGCUACAGACCAAUCCCACCAAAUGCAGAAAGCUUUAGAGCUUCAGCACAGGAUGAGAGCAGCAUCAUUCUGCAGUGGAAUACAGUCAACAUCAACACCAGCUUUGUUCUCCUGUUUGAUGGAUCAGAGACGUUCAUCAGAGCACCAGAUGGAGAUGGACCAGUAAACUACACAGUCUCAUCUCUCACUGCUGGAACCACCUACACAUUCACUCUCUUCUCUGUUCUUGACAACGUCAGAAGCAGUGGAGUCACAAUUACUGCAGCUACUGCUUCUUGUACCGGCUGUCAGUGUUGUCCUUCAGGCACAGAGUGCAUCACCACCAAUGGAGUUGUUCAAUGUCUGGACCCCUGUGUGAACUACACUGUACUGAACGAUGCAUGGCGUUCAACAGAGAAUACAGACAAUUCAAUCUUACACUGUGACCAGUACAUUGUCUGGAGUGGUUGGUAUCGCUUUUAUUUGGGUCAGACCAAUGCUCAGAUACCAGAGAAAUGUGUAGCAGAAAACAGAUGUGGAACUCAUGCUCCUUUGUGGAUAACUGAGCCUCAUCCAGUCCAGCUUAAUGAAAUAGUAACUCGCACUGUGUGUAACGCUUGGUCGGGUUCCUGCUGCCGUUUUACCACACACACCAUCCAGGUCAAACUUUGUUAUGGAUACUACGUCUACAAACUUCAACCGUCAACUGAAUGCUACCUGGCAUAUUGUGCAGAACCUCAACCCUUCAGAGUAUUGACACAAGAUGAGAGCAGCAUCACUCUGAUGUGGAACAAGAUCAACAACAUCAGCUUUGUCAUCCAGUUUAACGGCACAGAGACAAACAUCAGUUCACCAGAUGGAGAUGGACCAGUAACUUACAAAGUUUCAUCUCUCACUGCUGGAACUAGAUACACAUUCACUCUCUUCUACGUGUUUGGAAAUGUGAGAAACAAUGGAGGACAACUGACAGCUGUCACUGCUCCUCAAAAUGCAGAAGGAUUUACAAAGUCAGGACAAGAUGAGAGCAGCAUCACUCUGCAGUGGAAUAAAAUCAACAACAGCACCAGCUUUGUUCUCCAGUAUGACGGCAGAGAGACGUUCAUCAGAGCACCAGAUGGACAUGGACCAGUAAACUACACAGUCUCAUCUCUCACUUCUGGAACAAACUACACAUUCACUCUCUUCUCUGUUCUUGACAACGUCAGGAGCAGUGGAGUCACAAUUACUGCAGCUACUGCUUGUACUGGCUGUCAGUGUUGUCCUUCAGGCACAGCGUGCAUCACCACCAAUGGAGUUGUUCAAUGUCUUGACCCCUGUUUGAACUACACUGUACUGAACGAUGCAUGGCGUUCAACAGAGAAUACAAACAAUUCAAUCUUACACUGUGACCAGUACAUUGUCUGGAGUGGUUGGUAUCGCUUUUAUUUGGGUCAGACCAGCGCGCAGAUACCAGAGAAAUGUGUAGCAGAACAAAGAUGUGGAACUCAUGCUCCUUUGUGGAUAAACGGGGCUCAUCCAGUCCAGCUUAAUGAAAUAGUAACUCGCACUGUGUGUAACGCUUGGUUGGGUUCCUGCUGCUAUUUUACCUCACACACCAUCCAGAUCAAACUUUGUUCUGGAUACUACGUCUACAAACUUCAACAGCCGUCUACAUGUUGGUUGGCAUAUUGUGCAGAACCUCAACCCUUCAGAGUAUUGACACAAGAUGAGAGCAGCAUCACUCUGAUGUGGAACAAGAUCAACAACAUCAGCUUUGUCCUCCAGUUUAACGGCACAGAGACAAACAUCAGUUCACCAGAUGGAGAUGGACCAGUAACUUACAAAGUUUCAUCUCUCACUGCUGGAACUAGAUACACAUUCACUCUCUUCUACGUGUUUGGAAAUGUGAGAAACAAUGGAGGGCAACUGUCAGCUGUCACUGCUCCUCAAAAUGCAGAAGGAUUUACGAGGUCAGGACAAGAUGAGAGCAGCAUCACUCUGCAGUGGAAUAAAAUCAACAACAACACCAGCUUUGUUCUCCAGUAUGACGGCAGAGAGACGUUCAUCAGAGCACCAGAUGGAGAUGGACCUGUGAUCCACACCGUCUCAUCUCUCACUGCUGGAACUAGAUACUCAUUCACUCUCUUCUCUGUGUUUGAAAAUGUCAGAAGCAGAGGAGUCAGUAUUACUGUGGUCACUGCUCCUUCAAAUGCACAAAGCUUCAGACCAUCGUCACAAAAUGAGAGCAGCAUCACUCUGCAGUGGAAUAAAAUCAACAACAACAUCAGCUUUGUUCUCCAGUUUAACGGCACAGAGACGUUGAUCAGAGCACCAGAUGGAUUUGGACCAGUAACUCACACGGUCUCUUUUCUCACUGCUGGAACUAAAUACACUUUCACUCUGAUUUCUGUGCUUGAAAAUUUGACCAGCAGUGGAGUCAGCAUUGCAGCAGCUACUGCACCUCAAAAUGCACAAGGCUUCCGGCUAUCGUCACAAAAUGAGAGCAGCAUCACUCUACAAUGGGAUAAAAUCAACAACAGCACCAACUUUGUUCUCCAAAUUUACGGCAUACAGAUGUUCAUCAGAGCACCAGAUGGAUUUGGACCAGUAACUCACACUGUCUCAUCUCUGACUGCUGGAACUAAAUACACAUUCAGUCUCUUCUCUGUUUUUGAGAACGUCAGUAGCCGUGGAGUACAACUUACUGCUGUCACUGCACCUAAAAAUGCAGAAGGCUUCAGAGCAUCGGAACAAGAUGAGACUAGCAUCACUCUGCGGUGGAAUAAAAUCAACAACACCAACUUUGUUCUGCAGUUUAACGGCACAGAGACAAACAUCAGUUCUCCAAAUGGAGAUGGACCAGUGAAACACACGGUCACAUCUCUGACGGCUCGUACAAACUACACUUUCACCCUUUUCUCUGUGUUUGAAAAUGCCAGAAGCAGUGGAGUCAGCAUAUUUGCAGCUACUGGUCCAAAUUAUGUUUUUGGAUUGAAAUUGAAGUUGGAGCUUCUAGGAGAAAUGACAAAAUCAGAGAUGGAAGACGCUUUGAUAGAGCUCCUCAAAGAGUAUAAUCUGCCGCCACAGAUUACUCUGAAAAUCGUUUCCAACAAACCAUGAAAUCACCGAGGGAAUCAAAUUCUGGAUAAUUUAUUUGUAACGUUGUUUCCUUUCCUUUCCAUGAGGUUUAUUUUAUGUACUAAUUUUAAUUGUAAUGUUGUUUUACAGAAUUGAUUUCCCUUUGGGUAAUAUUUUAAUCUCUUUUUGUUGAUUAAGAACCAAGUUAAGGUUUUCUUGUAUUUUCAUAAAUCAUAUAUGUGCAUUCUUCUAUUUUUCUUUUUGCCUCUAAAUAAGGUUUUGGGAAUCUAAAAAUUGUUUACUUGUAUUGAAAAAAACUCUUUUGGGGGAAAUGUUGAAAUCUAGAAGAAAAAGCUUGAAAAAACAUGAAAAAAAAAACCAGAGGUGUGUGAUAUAUG